ACGUUAGAGGACGAGCGGUUUGGGGGGUUCUUUUUCCGGGGGUCCAUUAGUUUACCAACCUGUGAGGCACAGCUUUUAACCUUUAUGCGGCUCAUAUAUAUCACAUAUAUAUGUUCCCGUGUGAAAUAUGUCAGUGUAUAAAUAAAGGAGCUCAUUAGAGGCGCGUUGGAGAGAUAAGGAGCAGAAAGCGUCAGAGUGAGUCACUUUGUGAUGGAGAGAGACUUCAGCCGCUCUUCCUCGCUCUCUCUCUGAGUCAGUCUCUCUGCUCUCGGAUGGUUCAGCAGCUCUCUCUGUCUCUCUGAACUCUUUUUCUUCUCUUCGUCUUGCCUUCAUCCUCCAGCCGCAGACGUCAGUGGAACGUUUCAAUCCGCUCUCAUAUUCAGGUUAAUCUGAUUAUGAAGAUUUCCUCUGAGACGCCUCUCUGUCAAUGACGGCCAAGAUGGAGACUCCUUUCUACCACGAUGACUCCCCUGCAGUGCCCGGCUUCAGCCAGAUCGCCGAAUACGAGCGCUACUCAGGAAACAAGAUGCUGAUGAGUAAGAAGGCCAUGUCAAUGGCAGGAAGUCACCACUUCCCCAGUGGUGGCGGAGCAGGAGGGAGGGGUGGGAACCCCAACAACCUGGGGCUGGCUAGCAACAGCUCCUUGAUGACAUCAGCAGCGUCCUCUGCAGGAUCCUCAGCAGACAUGAACCUGCUAAAGCUGGCGUCCCCCGAUCUGGAGCACCUGAUCAUUCAAUCCAACCAGGGGCUGGUCACCACCAGCCCGGUGCCAAACUCCACCAAUCCCUUCAUGUACCGCAACCAGGCCACCAACGAGCAAGAAGGAUUUGCUGAUGGCUUUGUCAAGGCGCUGGCGGACCUUCACAAGCAGAACCAGCUGGUUGGAGGUGGGCCCAUGUCUCCGCCUUCAUCCUCUAGCGUCUCCCUGCAGGCGUCCUACCAGAGGAAUCUGAUGUCAGGUGGAGAUAUGCCCAUCUACACAAACCUGAGCAGCUACAACCCGGGCCAGAUGCCAUACUCCGGAGGGCAGAUGGCGUAUGGUGGAGGCUCAGGCCACGGUGGAGGUGGAGCACCUCAGCCCCACCCUCGAGGCCUGGAUGCCCCCCAGACUGUCCCUGAGGUCCCUCAUCCUGCAGGGGACCCCACCUCGCCACCGUCGCUCUCGCCAAUCGACCUGGAGACACAGGAGCGAAUCAAAGCAGAACGCAAGAAACUUCGCAACCGCAUCGCCGCAUCCAAAUGUCGCAAGCGGAAGCUGGAGCGCAUCUCACGGCUGGAGGAGAAGGUGAAAGUCCUGAAGAGCCAGAACUCGGACCUGGCCUCCACCGCCGCUAUGCUACGGGAACAGGUCGCUCAGCUGAAACAGAAGGUCAUGAGUCACGUCACAAACGGCUGCCAGAUUUCUGUAAGCUCGUCAGCUGCCAGCAAGGCCGGAGGAGGAGGCACCGGCAGUGAGGACUCCAGCUGCUGAGGAGGCGGGACAUCACGAGAAUAUGCCAAGAGGCCAUUUACUUUUACGAUUUUGCUUGUGCUUUUAGUUGGAGCGAGCAGAGAGUGAGCGGCUCGUGUCAUCAACACCUCCAGAAGGAUAGGUGGAUGUUUAAUGGCAUUCAGAGUCCCGUAAACUCUCUGUCACCUAGCCAGAGGGGGCGGAGCUUUACAGAGGAGACUGGAAAGGAAGCAAAUGGAAGAAUGCGAGCAAGUUUGGAUUACGGACGACAAUUUCUUAAAGAACACCUGGCAACAUUUGAGACUUAAAGUGUUCAGAUCCCACACAAUGCAUUUGUUUAACAAGUGGAACAAACUGUCAGAUUUCCACGUUUAUUAUGAACUGCUCACAACAUUUUUCACACAUUACACCUUCCACCUCUGUUUUUUGUUUUUUUAUUCACGCUAAAAACAUAUUUAAGAUGUUACAGAUGAAGUAAAUUAUCUAAAAAAUAAUGUUUUUACAGUGCGAGCUGAGAAGCUUUAUCAUACCAUCAAAAUACCGAAAUGAAAUGAAAAACUCUUUUAUGUAAUCAGAUUACUUUUAUUUACAGAGUAGGAAAUGUAACUGUGAUUUCUUGUCAUAAUUUACAAACAUCUGUUUUCAAGGUCAGAAGAAUCUUUCUUUAAUCAUGUUCAUUUAACAUGAUCUGUGCUGCAUUUUUUUUUUUUUUUUUUUUUGCUUUGUAAUCUGAUUAUCAGUUUAAUCUCUUUAAUUUCAUGACAGUGUGUUAAUGCAACUAAAGACUGGCUUCUUUACAAACAAUAUAUUUCAACUUCAACAGCUCUGUUAUUAAAGUGAAGGUAUGUAGUCUGAUUAUGUUAAUCACUCUUUAAGCUCCACUCUGGCCUACAAAGUCACAUUUGUUAAUGGAGGUUUUUCAAAGUGUUUUGAGAAAGAAAUUACAUUAAAGUUAUGUUUUUCCUAGAGAAGUCUUUCAUCAGUACCAAAAUGUUCCCCAGGUAAUCAUUUGAUAGAGCCCAUUAGCCUUUUGAAAAUUCAUGAUGGCCACCAAAUGUGGCAAAAAAAAAAAAAAUCAAACGCCAAAACGUCAACUCAAUUUGUACUUUUUAGAUACACAUUUGACCAAAUAUAAGUAUAUAAUAGUAUAUAAUCUUAAAUUACACCUCAGUUUUGUUUGCAUCAUAGCUCAACUAGAUUUCUUGGAUUGACCCCUAACUGCCUACCACUUACAGUAUGCAUAUCAAAGUUAUAGAAGGAUAAUCGCUCAACCUGCACAGCACGUGCAGCUUAUGUGACGCCUGUAGGUCUGACACAUAUAACUCUCUCUUUCUUUGUGUAGAUAAAGGAUCAUAUUCAGCAGUUUCUUCAGUGUUAGCUACAUUGUCCUAAUGGAAGUUUAAUUGCAGUUAAACCUGUGUUUUAUGUUUGAAACUGUAAAACUUUUUGUAAAUGUGAAACAAAGUAGCUCUUAAGAAGCUUUAAAGUCGUAAAUUUGACUUCCCCAAAGGCAAGUACGUAGAAUUCAAGAGAUAAAAGGUAGAUGUAUUCAUCUUUUACCAUCUACUGGUUUGUGAAGUCCUGUUUUCAGUCCUCUACAGGAAGAUUUCACAUCUAGAUUUCACUGCCGCCUUCUCAAUGUUUUGAAACUGGAUGUGACAAACGAUGGGGUGGGUCUGACUGUGAAACCACACAUAAACCGGUAUGUGCACAUGCACACCCUGGCUAAAGACUUACAGAUUAUUAGUCAAUAAUCCUCCUUUAAGACCAGUUUAGACAAUUGACUUAUGUUUGGAUUUAUUCAAAAUAACAAUAAACCAGCAACUGAGCUCAUAAAUUCAGCAAAGUGUCUAGAGAGGUCAAGUCCAAACAUCAUUUUUCCUGAGACUUCUGGCAGACUGGAUAUGUUUUUGCAUCCAGAGCAGAUGCCUCCUGGUAGCUGUUAAAAAGAAUGCAUUUCUAACGUCUUUCCACAUUGGCUUCAUUCUUCAGACCUGAACGCUAUGUCCAUCUUUUAUAAUCUCGACACAUAAAGAUUGCUUUUUUCUAGACUGGAAUUAAUAGCAAUUUUGGAAAAUGGUGGCAGUUUUGAAAAUUCAAGAGGCUAAUGGUUCGAGAGGCAAAUGAAUGGCUCCAGAGGGACAAACAUGAACAUGGAAGUUUUGGUGUUCAUGAAUACUUUUGAAAGAUUGUCACAGUAACCUGCUGGGAUUUUUCUUGAGUUACAAACAAAGGAAGUGCACGGUAAGAUCUGCAUUUGUUUUAAGUUUAAAUGUGUAUAACUUUGGUUUUGCAAAGGGAAUACAAAUCAUUUAAAUCUUUUUGUUUUCACAUUUAACUUUGUGUUACCGUGUGCAAAACAAUCCCGUGUUGGAAGAAUUUAAUUAUUUUUUUAAAAGUUAAGGUAUUUGACUCAUUGUUUGCUUUGCUGCAGAUGACAAACUGUUAUUAUGGGAAAGGAAUUGUUUCAUAUCUGUUUUAUAAUCAUACUAUUGUGAAACAAGACAAUUAGUGUUGACUAAUAUUCAUUCUUCUGCUGUUGUUAUUGAUUUACUUUUUUUAUCCUAUAAAAAAAUAAUGGUUCAUGUAAGUGAGUUCAUUUGGUGCAUUUGUUAGCAGGUUAUAUAGAAGCCCAUUGAUGCCAUAAAAUUAGACUGAAAACUUGUUCUGUGGACUCUUAAGUUUUUGUGAUAGAAAGAAUUGAAUCUCUUUUAUCACCUGGCUGUAAUGAGCCGCCAAGGUUUUUUGACAAAGAGAAAGAUACAUCUGAGGAUGCUGGAAUAUAUAAGCAUUCAUGAAUACAUUUCAGAUUUAAUUCAAUGUCAAACGGACAUUUCUAAAUGUAAUUAAAACAUAUAGGGAGGAAAAUUCACUCAGAUAUAUUCAGGUAUGAAAAAUAAUGCUCUUCAUAUGUAUAUUUAUCUAAAGAUAAAGGUUUCUGCAGUGAGGUCUUUAAGGAGAGAUAAGAAAACCUCACUGCAGAUUGUGCAGAUCCCGAGGUCCAUAUUGGUCUCCCUUUUGGACUUCCAGGGAUAUUUGGGUGAGCUUAGCUUUACCUAGAAAUCCUACAAACACUGGUACUUGGAAAGUUUACAGAUGUCCUUGAGGACCUUGUAGGUUUCUUAAGUACACUGUAAAAGUCUGUAGUGGCAGAAGUCUGAGGAUAAUAGUUGUCCUGCAGAGGUCCCUAGGUCAGACAGCUCUGAGGUCCUGAAGUCAGUAUCAUUGACUGGAUUUCUGAGGGCCUUGACAAAACUGAUAAUGCCUUUGGGAGAACUCUGAGGUGCUGCAGGGGUGAGAUCAUUGAAAGGGUUGUACAGGUACUAGAAUGAAUUCUGAUGGACUUAGAUAUAGGUUGUAGUUCCCCAAGGUAUUUGCCUCUACCAGGGCCUUCAUAAGUUCCUAGAACAGGUAUCCUGAGACCCCUAAUGGGAUUUUGCAAGGUACUAGACUGUAUUCUGGUAGACUUUGAGGGGUAGGUCCUUAGUGACAGGCAGAUUUCCUUAAAAAUGUUUUAGACAUUCUUGAGAAUAUUGCACAGGUACGUGAGAAUCACUGAUGAUUUUGCCAAGUUUCCCUGAGUAUAUAUUCUGGUCUCUGAUGGGGUCCGUGAGGUCCAUAAAGAGGUUAAUUCAGUCCUUGUGAAACUUCCUGAGGUCUUUAAUAGCUUUCCAGAGGACACUAGGGGGUUUGGGGGGGUCUUGAGGAUAAUUAGUGGGUCCAAAGGCACAAACUUUGUCUGACUUAGCAAUUUGUAGGAUUUUAAAAGCUGGUUUAUGACAGACAUUUAAAAGAUCACAACCCUUUUCAAGAUACAAAGAAUACAGCCCACAGUUUGUGUUACAUGUCAGAGUACAUUGUUGAUUGAUAACUGUAUACUUUGUUGUGGAUUUUCUAAGUUUUGGGUGUGGGUGCACCUCAGAUUGAUAUUGUGAAAAGUUAACAGACUGGGCUUUUAAUCUAGUCGUACAGUUGUUUACUCACCUAACAAUCCUGUUGUUGUUUAUGCAGUGUGCUGGUUGAUAUUUUCUCACAUUUCCAGCCAUGAGGCUAAUUAACCCUUUCUAUUUCAGAGUCUGUUUUGCACUGGCUUUACUGUCCAAUCAGCAUCUGUAUCAUGUUUGUGGAUUGCAGCUGUCAGACAGAAAAACAUGUAACUGCAAAGACAGUCAGGAAUAUUUACUGCUCACAGAUGUUUCUUUUAGAGUUCGUGUUUUGUGUUUGACAAAUCAGAGACUCUCAAAUAUACUGUUGGCGAGUGUCAAGCAGAUAUUUAUUUUUUUGAACUUGAGAGAGGCUUUUGGUGUCUCUAAUGAUUCUAUUUUUGUACAAAUGUAUAAAAGUUGUUGUUAUUAAUAUACUGAAAUGUGUGUAUGUACAAUCUGAUUUGUUCAACCUCUUUGUGUCUAUUUAUUAUAAAUUGGUUUGUGUUAA